AUGCCAUACCUGCCGCUGCCGCCGUCCUUCUUCCGCUGCCCGCCGCUGCAGACGCAUGAGCGCGUCUCGCUGAUAGCGGACGCGCGGGACGCCUGCCGUGACACGAUCCUCAACGCCAAGGCGCUCGCGGGCGCGGCGCCCGUGUACCAAACGUUCACGCACCCGCAGACGCAGCGGCGUCUCACGGUGCGCCUUGGCACCGACCUGCAGAACCCCAACGAGAUCUGCAUGAGCGCCCAUACGCUCGUCAAUGCUUCGAUCGACGCUGUAGCGGAUGUCUAUGCCAACUUUGCGACGUCAAGCAAUGGCAAGAACCCGCUUUUGGCCAGUGAUGUGCUGGACCGUGUCCGUCUGUACGAGCUCGUCGCGCGGCGAGAAGUCGCCGAGGCGCCAUUGCAUGCUGUGUACCUGCAGUGGAUGGCGCUGCGCACACCGCCCGUCAUUGCCGACCGCGACUUUUGCUACCUCGAGUGCCACGACGAAUUCCUCGAUGGACCGGCGCGACAGCGCGGCUUUGUCCGAAGCGUGCACUCGGUCGACGCAGCGUGCUGUCCCCCGCUCAACGCAUCGCACGGCCUCACGCGCGGCCUCUUUCAGCGAUCCGGCCAAGUCUUUAUCGAGUCCAACGACGAGGUCGGCGCGCUAGAUGCGUACCACGUGCUCGUCUUGCAGCUGAAAGGCAAUGUGCCCAAGGACAUUCAGAUCUCGGUGAUGCUCUCGCUCUUGCUGCAAGCGUGCCAGCUCGACACGCACUUCCGCGCCGAGCAGCUCAGCGCCGUGCAGCUCGUGCCCCUGACCAUUGUCCGCGCGCAGCCCAAGGCCGUCGCUUGCCGGCGAUGUACGCGUUCGUUCCGCAAAAACCUCUUUCAGUCAACCAAGCAAUUCCGGUGUCGUAUGUGUGGCCACGCUGUGUGCCGCGCCUGCCACCACGUGUGGCGCCUCGGCAGCCACGAGGCGCGCAUCUGCACUGCUUGCGCCGAGAUGGCCAAGCCGAAUGCGCCCAUGCCGGUGGCCGCGACCGCCUCGCCCGUUCCGUGCCUCGAUGAAGAGAGUGCGAUCGUACCUGUCUUGUAUGGGCGCGUCUCGGAUGUGAAGCGCAAGCGAAUGGCCGAGACCAAGGCCGAUGUGUCGCCGCUCGAGCGGCACGUGUGGAACGAGCGCCUCGCACUCACGUCCGCGUUCUGACGCACUGCAUGGUAGUGUCGUAUGUAGAGUAAUAAAUCCUAGGUAUCUCC